CCCUUACAGAAAACAGUGGGAAGAAGUUGUCACCCCCAACUCCAGUGAAUCAAAAAGCAGUAUUUGUACCUCCCAAAAAGCACUUAGAAAAAAUGGAUAAUGGGUUUCAAAGAGUACUGCAAAAGAAAUCAGGCAUGAAUAUUUCACCUUCAUAUAGUUUCCCCAGAAAUUCUGAAUAUCAAAGGCAGUUUUUAUGGAAAUCCCCCCCAAAAAACUCUCCAAUUCUUGCAGCUGACCAGGUUAUUCACAAUACAAGUAAAUCCAUUCCCCCAUUUAAGUCUUCCGCAAUUAUCCCUGAAACUGAAUAUGAGAGAAGUUUCAAAGUUUCUCCUCCAGCAAUGGGACCAAAACUGAGGUGUGAUUUGGAAGAGAGAGAGUUUCCUGUAUGUACACCAGUAAAUAUCUCUCCUGAAAAAAAGAAUGAAAGGAAAGAAACAUUCCUAAAGCCAGCGGGAGAUUCACCAAAACAAGGGAAAUCAGAAACAGAACAGAAACCACCUAAACAAAAAAAUAAGCAACAUAUUACUCAAAAGCCUCUCUCUUUACAUACAAGUCUUGGGAAGGUGAACACUGAAUAUAGAUCAAAAUUUUUGUCCCCAGCUCAAUAUUUAUACAAAGAUGGAGCUUGGUCACGUAUCAGGAGAAACAUACCAGAUCAAGAUUCUCAAAACAUCCUAAAUUACAUGUGGUUUAUGGAGGUGAAGGAACUUCGAGAGAAAGCAGAGGCUUACAGGCAACGAGUACAGGGAACCCACUUCUCUCGGUAUCAUCUGAAUCAGAUUCUUUCAGAUAACAACAGACUUUGGGACGUGUCCUCAAAUUCCAGUUCCGAAGAAGCCAUUAGUAACACCAUCAGAGCGCUAGAUCUAGCUGGAACUCCUGAGAAACAGAUGUCUGCAAGCCAAAACGUGCUGCCGCAACCUGACUCAAUAGAACAGUCCCAACAGAACAAUACAGAGAAGUUAGGCAUGUCAGAUGCCUCCACUGUACCAGUCAGAAGACGUCUAGCUUGGGGUGAACAAGACAGUACUGAACAAGUGGAUAAUCAGCCACCAGGAUUAGAGGAAGAUGAAGAAAAAGAAAAUAAACAGAAGUUAGCAAAGGCUCAGAAAUUGGAAGAAAAUGAUAAGAAUCCUACUGUGGACAAUAAAAUAAAAGGAGAAAAUGCCUCAUUACUGAAGCCUUCAGCAGAUAGGUCAGAUUCUUCUUCAGUAUCAUCAGGAAAGCAGGGCAGGCUUUCUACUCCAAAGUUGAAAACACUUGGUGGAGCCCAAAGAACUCAUCAUGAUCUUACCACGCCAACUGUCGGAGGUGCAGUUUUAGUGUCUCCAUCUAAAAUGAAGUCUUCGUCCCCACAGCAGAGAAAGAAAAAGUCUUUAGAAACACACUAUUCUUCAUCCAAACAAGUCUCAGGAGAAAGAAAAUCCAGAGGGUUUGAAGGGGAAGCAGAAGCUGUAUCACUACUUGCCUCCCCAGCUGCUGGAUUGAAAACGUUAGAUCCUUUGCCUCUGCGGAAGGAUUCUUGGCCCACUGUCAAUGCUUCUGAUGAAAGAGCUUCUCCCACUUCAGCACAUCCAACUACAGUUCCUGUGCAGAAAUCAGUCAAAAGUCUGUUGGAAUCUCAGCAGCAUUUUCUGGUCCCUGCGGCUGUGUCAACACUGCACAGGAACAUUGCGAGUCCAAAGAUGAGCCAUCUCCAGUUACCGCUGCAGGAAAGAAACUAUAAUGAUGAAGUUACAGAUUUGUUUUCCUCGUUGCAUGCACUCACAGAUGACAGAUUGUCCCAGAUCUCUGCUCGCUCUGCAGCCUCUAGCUCACUAGCAUCUCAGAUUCUGGAACGAGCUCAGAAGAGGAAAGAGAAUUUCUGGGGCAAGUCGUAGCGUGUUCCACCAGGGAGUCACUGUUUUGUACGAUGAUGUAUCUUUAUUGCACAGUUGUGUUCUUUUGAUUUUUGGGAAAUUUUGUAUUUUCGGCCUUUCAUAUACUGGUAAGAUGGCCUGAUCCUGUACGAUGUCAAGCAUUUGACACUUCUGUUGAAAGAGAUGGGAGCUGUGGGUAGACAGUAUCUACUAUUUUACAGUAGCUUGCUUUUCAUCUUUCAGUUAUGGUAUCUUUUGAAAUUGACAGUAAUUAUUUUUAUACAACAUGUAUAUAAUUUCUAAAGAUGUUUUACUACAAGAAUAUAGUACACCAAGAACAGUAUUCUGGGAUGAUACCAUCAUUUACCUAAUACCAGACAUUUGAUUUCAAGCAUGGCUGAGUUAGGAGACUCAUAAUGUAGCAACUAUGUUAGGUGUUUGUUCAUAUUCCUGUGUGAAUUCUGAAUAUGUACAGGACUGUGUUGUCAUGAAGUCAUUUAGCAGUAUCUGACCCUACUACCCAAAACCCACAUUUAAUAUUUCAACAAAUGGGAUGUGAUAUUUGCAACAAGUGUUGAGGUUUUGGUUAGGACUCCAGAUUGUUCUAGUUAAAAAAUAAACAAUUAAAAAAAAACCCCACACUUGUUUCUUGUCUAGAAGACUUUGACAGCUGUACUGUUCUCAAGACCAGCUUCUAAUGUUGGUUUUAGAUACUAGGGGGUAAACCUUCAUUUCAGACACAGGUAUUUAAUUACCCUCUCGUAUUCCUCAAUUACCUCAUCAUACUCCUCUUCUAGUUGUCUGUUUCUGGGUGAAUGAACUACUGUAAUGAUGGUCACAGCUAAAAUUGAUUGUGAUUUAUGCUGAUGGCCUUUUUCUUUUUAAUUGACAAAAGCAAGUUACAUGAAGUAGAUGAAAAUAAUUGCUUAACCAUUUAAAAAAAAAGUUAAUGUUUGCUGUUUUUAAAAAUAUUUGUACAAUGAAGAAUUUGAAUUUUGUA